CUCAUCCAAGGCGCGUCCGGAGGAAGGUCGGUCUAUCCUCAGCCUCGCGGAGGCCAGUGAUGAAAGCGAGAACCCGAAGGAGGUGUGUUGGCAACGAGAGUCAUACGCUUAGUGAUCAAGAAAAGUUUGUCUUAUGAUCUUUUUUUUGUUCAUUUCAAACCGGAUUUUAUUUCUUUUAACCGUGGUCAUGUCAUGUGAUUUUAAUGUAGCAACCGCGAGUGAGUGAUUUCCUGAGUAAAAGUAAAAUAUGUCCGCUUGACUUCUGAAACAGGGCAGAAAAGGCAAAUUCAUUGCAAGGGCACGUGAUAUGGGCUGUAACUUUCCGGGAUACAAAAGGACCCUUUUUCCAUGUAGGAGAAUGUCUCCGCUGGUGAGCCAAAACCUGUUACAUCUUUUAAACUCGUAACUUUGGCAUAAGGCAUGCUGAUAGCGGAACGCUGCCAAGCAAAUUUACAAGGGAUAUAUAACUAUCUGAAAAUGUAUCAUCAUAUCUGACAAAUACAGUAGUUUCCAAAUUAUGACAUAGGGAUCCUGCGAGUCCUCGGAAUCCCGUGUAUGAUAUCCUUUACCGGACUCCCAACAUGGACGAACAAAUUGGCGAUUCUCCGUCGAAGGGCAAGCACAACCCACUCUCAGCUCUGCUCUUUAGAUAUUACAGAUAAAGCACAAUAUCAUAAUCACGUCCAUUGCUCUGCGCGAUUGUCAACAGCGUCCCCGAGAAUUCACCAGAGGCAUGCGGUGGAUAUGGCGUAUGUACCUGAGGCCAGGCACCACCAAGGCUGUGGUCUUCGUCUGCAUGUUUCUCGUCGCCGGAAUCAUGUUCCUGCAGAACCAGGAGAAAUUCCAAGAGACUUCCAGUCUGGACCUGGUGCCAGUGGAUGUGGAAAGACCGAAGGCUCUCGACGUCUUGUCUUCAGGAGACUCCAAGGGCGUCAUCGGGGUAAACGGCGCCAUCUUGAGCAUCGAUGAGGAUCCCAUAAGGGAGCCCUUCAGUGAUUGGCUAUCGGUGGAGCAUUCAAAUAGAGAACUCUUCGUGUACGCAAGUUACCUGGAUCAAAGGAAAGGUCUACGCUACGUUCGAGUUAUCGCUAUUAUCAAAAGGAAGAAGAAGGUAUCACAUUGUGAACUUACGAUAGGGAACCAGACCUUGACGGUUCCAGCGAAAAACAAGAUCAUCCGUGAAAACUGGAACCUCCUGUAUUCGGCAGCCUUCGUCUUGUGCGACGUCCCUAAGAAUGUCGAAGGGCCGCCAGAGAGCGUGGCUCUGGUGCACGGUGGCAAAGUCGACAAAUCCUCAACGGUUCCCGUUCAGAUCCUGACCAACAGAGCCUACCACGGGAACAUGAGCGUCUGCAUCAAGCCGUUCCACUACGAGUUCAACCGGGCGGUGUGGUUGGUGGAGUUCGUGGAAUUCUACCGCCUCCUGGGGGCCAGCCACUUCAUCUUCUACAACCACACCGUUGGUCCAGACGUCCAGAGGGUCCUGGAGCAUUAUCAGAGCGAAGGGGUUGCCACCGUCCUCCCGUGGGCGUUGCCCGUGAAGUCGCAGAAUGAGAUCAGAACCGAAGGAAUCUUUGCGGCCUUGAAUGACUGCAACUAUAGGUCUAUAGGGAGGUUUAACUUCACAGCCCACGUCGAUGUUGAUGAGUUCCUUGUGCCGCGCGGUUAUGCAAAGCUCCUUGAUUUGAUGUCAGGCCUUGGGAACUACAACACCUAUGUCUUUCAAAACGUGUUCUUUUACCUGUACUGGGAAAAUGACACAACGGUCCACGACGCCAUGUUCGGAGAGGGCCCUUCUAAGAACCUGGGAACGUCCCUCUUCGGAGAGGAGUCCUUGGCGCCCUACCUCCUCACAGUCUACAAGACCAGGAGACUGAGCAGGCCUCAUAAGCCAGGGACCAGGUCCAAGUUCAUCGUCAGGCCUGAGUUUGUGGUAGAAGUUGGCAACCAUAACGUGUGGGAACAUAUAUCCGGAGCGAAGAAAGUGCUGAACGUACCACCGAAUAAAGGGUUAUCCCAUCACUACAGGAUAUGUGAAUUCGGGGGAUUCGAUUGUCUGAAGGGAAAGAAUGAGAUUGACAGAACGACCCAUCAGUGGAUGGUACCACUCACACGAAGAGUUGCAGAACAAUGUUGGGCCAUUUUCCCAACGUUACAACGAUGUCCCGUCGCACCUCCUCUUGGCUCGCCUUGGUAGCACCCACGGUUUCACCAUUCCGUCCUUCACCCAGAACAUAAUUUGCUGUGGAGACUCCAACAGCGAAGACCAGCAAACAUGUAGUCGCCACGUCUUUGCUUGUCAGAUCCAGGCAAACCAUUUCAUCCGAUUUCCAGCACCUUCCGCGAAGUGCUAUAUGUUAUAUGGGCUCUCGAACAAUGGAUAUCAACAGCGCUCAGUUAAUGUGAGGGGCUUUACCGUCAGUGUGACGCUGACAGUUUUCGCCCUAGGUGGAACCCUAACUCGGUCUAGGUUUGGUUGUCGAGCCCUUUGGAGGAAUGAUGCGGUUGUUGGAUGUGGUUGUCUGCUUUGAUGCGUACAACCGAGUGAUAAAUCAAAACAUUUCAGGCAUGGAAUGGCAUACUACUCAGCCUAUUGUUUCUCUGAGUGACGUGACACAACAAUACAAAUUCACUUUUGUCAAGUGAAACUGAAAAAAAAAAAAUCCACCGAUUAAUUUUCUCGCUGAUUCCUCCACGAAAGACAGUGGCCAUAACCUCAUUCGUCCAAAUUCUGUAACUAAUGUUAAGAUGAUUUUUUACCCAUAUUUACCAUGUCAAACGUUUGUAAUUAGUUUUCAGUCAUACUGUGUGUGAAUCAUUUGAACUUGUAAAUCAACUUUGAACCCGAACUGUGAUAUGAAGGUGGCCUUCAUGGUGCCAUUUUUGUACAGUUUUUUCUAACGAGACUUAGGUCUAUUUUUAAUAGAAGCGCUACAAAAUAAUAAAUCUAGGAUACAAUAUUUAUUGACGAAGGACUGUCUUCAUAAGUGAAGUUGACAUUUAGCAAGAUGAAUGAACUCUUGUCAUACAGCACGAUCCUAAGUAACUUGAGUGAUUUCGUCAUUGGCGAUGAUAUCGAACGUAGUCGGAAAAGAUACUGAUCAUUUGGCAUCACUCCUGCAUUUAAACACUGCUGCACAAUGUCAGUAAAAGAAUUUUACGUUUUCUCAAAUGUUUAGAGGGCUCACUUGUUGAUGACUAAAAAUUUGAAAUUAGUCUGCAUCUAAACACAUCUGUGCAAUUUAUGAAAAAAAAUUAUCACAAAUGUGUAGCAAUUUUAUUACUGUCUAAAAAUAUUGCAAAUUUGAAAUUAUUAUGCAUUUAAACACAGGUGUACAAUUUCAGAAGAAAAAGCUUUUUGCUGAAAUCUCUAAAGAUCUCUUAUUGAUGGUUAAAAAUGUUGCCCAUUUAAAAUUGCUCCUCAUUGAAACAGAAAAUUAGAAUUUCAGCAAAAAGACACUUAAUGUUUUUAGAAAAAAAUGAUCUGCAUUGAAACAGAGAAUUAGAAUUUCAGCAAAAAGACACUUAAUGUUUUUAGAAAAAUAGUGGCUGAAAGUAAUGGCAAAUUGAGUUAUGAUAUAUUUAAACACAGCUGUAGCCUACAGUCUCAGGAGUAAUUCAGACGAAGCAACUUUCCAACAAUGCCCGAAGACCUCAUUCCCUGAUGACUGCAGCAGUGUUCAAGUGAAAAUGGACUCAAAUCAGCCGUUCACAGUCGAUGUCAGAGAAGAUCCACUUCUUGACAUCUACUCGGGCACAAGGAUGACCUGACCUCUGGAAACCUACGGAACAUGAACUGAAGGAAGAGUGCCACGAAGAACCUAUAGUUGACACCAAGAACUGAUCUCAGGGACUUGAUGUGUCGAUGGCUUUGGCUUUCAUAGUCGUUGCUUACUGAUAUCAUUUCAUGGAGUCACUAGCGGAUCAGGAAAAAUUCAUGGAUGGCCCACCAAUUUUCAUAUCAUACAUAUGUAUAUAUAGUGUAUAUAUAUGUAUAUUAUAUAUAUAUAUAUAUAUAUAUAUAUAUAUAUAUAUAUAUAUAUAUAUAUACAUAUAACAAUCGCUUGUUCUAUCAUGAGGUACCGAAUCCAUUAUUAUUACUUUUUUUCUCUCAAGAUUUUAUUACGACCAUAAUAUCUUUAUUUCUUUCCCAUUUUUAUGUAUCUCAUUUAUAUUACUUUUAACUAAAUCUUCAAUAUGGUUAUUUUUCACCGGGGGUUGGGGGGUUCAUGUGCCCAAGUGGGCCCCUUCCCUUGGAUCCGCUAGUGCAUGAGAGUAUUGUCAAUACUUGGGUCAUAUUGAUUACAGAGCAAGUACCGCAGUUUUUUAUUUUAUUCUUUUUUUAUUUCAUUUAAUAUUUCUUUUAAGCGAACUGUAGUCUAGAACGUUAUUCAGCCACAGUUCUUUGAUUCUGUGCCGACUACGCCUCUGAUUGUCUUCAGGGUUUGACAGUGUUCGAAAACAUAAUUUUCUUGUGGAGAGGAGACCUUCAGGACGCUUUUAAAUCCGCGAAGCUCUUUUAGCGAACUCGGGUUGAUGGAGGAAAGAAAAAUCAAAUGUCAGAUUUGAAAUUAUCUCGGUGAUAAAUAAGCCAUUGACCAAUAAUGAGGAUGAAGGAAACGUCAUUAACGCCGGUGUUCACUCCAUAACUCCGGUAACUGCUGAUAAAAGGAGAUCGUGACGAUGGUGCCAAUUCCGUGAGCUUCGAAACUAUCAGAAGAUGUAUAUGAAUGUUCCUAGAGCAUCAACGCGUAAUCAGUGAUCUAGAAUACUGUGAUAUUCAUAGCAAAAGUUAGAAUCCAUCCAUUUUCUGUGCCUUGCAACUACCAUAGUGGAUCUCUUCCCGUUUUCUUUCUCAUUAUCCCUGUAGCAAAAUCAACGGGGACUUCACUAAAAUGAAAUACGGUUGAUGAUCCUACACAGUCGACAUUGUUAGAGAUCAUGUGAGCAGUUUAGAUAGACAUUCAGUUUAUUUCUGACUCCCUCCCCCCACAAAAAAAGACAAUCUGAAUGUUGGGUCAUGAGUGAUGAAAAUAUAGUUCACAAUUUU